UUGGUAAUAAAUGUUUUGAUUUGUGCAUAUUCACCAACAAAAUGGAUGAAAAACUGUGGGAUUUUGGUCAAAAAUUACCAUGUGAAAAUAAAUUUCAAGCUGUGCUAAAGGCAGGUCUUCUGAACAAAUCACUUAAAAAAUAUGGAGUUGAUAUCAUGAAACACAAUGCCAUGUGCAAAAAGUGUCAUAUUUCAUGGAUGUACGGAUACUUUUCGGUUAAAGUCAUACCGGGCUGCAAAAGGGUCAAAAAACAAAUAGAGAAAAUGGAGAAUCAAGCCGAUCUUACCAAACAGCAGCUGUCGUUAGUAAAAUAUCUUAAAACUCGCGUGGGGCGUGUAGCGAAAUAUACUUGCCAUAUUUGUUCCUACAUAACACGAGUACCAUUAGAUGCAAGAGUAAAAUGGCCAACGCGUGCCUCUCACGUUGAAGCCUUGAGUACAAGUACCCCGCAACAAUCUAGUAACGAAUGGUUAGAAGAGACACAAAAGAAACGAAACCGUCAUCGCAAGACGACUGCAGGAUUAAAAUUGCCCCCAAAGACGCAACAAGCGAGCUCCAUUUCCAAAAUGCCGGAAAAGAAACCCGCUAAAAAGUUUUCAGCGAACGAUUUUCGUCGAAUCCAGCAACUUCUCGCAUCUUCUGUAUCUUCUAAUCCUACCGUGAAGCCUAAUCAAAAACGGUAACCGAAG